AUGGGAAACCCUUAUAUCAAGUAUGAAUCGAACACGGGUGGUCGUCAACGUCAAUUAUCGAAUAGUAGUACAUCGUCUGCUGAAAAGAUUUAUUCUUUUGUGGCUAUUCCUGGUACCAACCAAAAGAAACGACCUCGUAGACGUUAUGAUGAGAUUGAACGACUUUACCACUGCAAGUGGCCUGCUUGUACUAAAGCCUAUGGCACUUUAAAUCAUUUGAAUGCUCAUGUCAGUAUGCAGAAACAUGGACCUAAGAGACAUCCAGCUGAAUUUAAAGAGAUGAGAAAAGAAUGGCGUCGACAAAAGAAGGAAAGAGAAGCUAAUAAAAAAGCCAAUCAUCCGACAACAACAGUAGAGACAGAAGACAUGUCCUUUAAUAAUUUCCAAUCGUAUGGUCCAUUACCCACUGGCACAAUAGAAUUUUACUAA